AUGGCCGCGGCGAGAACAACCCCGCCCCCAGAGGAGGCGGCGCACUCCAAUGCAGAAUGCAAGCACAAACACGGCUACAGCAUGCUGCUAGACGAGGCCAUCAUCAGCCGGCACUCGACGCGAGUCUUCAAGGCCCAGCCCGUUCCCGAUGAGGUCCUGCGGUCGGCGCUGGAGCUGGCGACCCACGCACCGUCCAACUCCAACACGCAGGCCUGGCGGCUGUACAUUGUGACGGGCGCCGCGCUGGACCGGCUCAAGGCCGCGCUGUACAAGGAGGCCUCGUCGGGCGCGGCGCCCAAUAUCCCGCCGCUGCCCGAGCAGUUCCGCGCCUCGCGGUCCGAGCUCGGGCGCAAAGUCUACGGCGAGGGCUGGGGCAUCCCGCGCGACGACGCCGAGGCCCGCAAGAAUGCCGUGUUGCGGAAUUUCCAGUUCUUCGGCGGUCCAGUCGGCAUCAUUGUCUGCAUGAGCAAGCAGCUUCCCGGGUUUGCUGCCAUGAGUAUUGGAAUGUAUCUGCAGACGUUUCUCCUAGCACUGACGGAGCAGGGCAUCGGCAGCUGUGUUCAAGUCAGCAUUGCAGGUUAUCGAGAUGUCGUGCGCCAGGCCGUAGGCGUGGCCGAUGACCUCGAGAUCUUGUGCGGAGUGGCGGUUGGCUAUGAGGAUGAAGAAUUUAAUGUCAACAAGGUGCGCAUUGGGCGGUUUGGCGUCGAGGACACGACUGUCUUUGUCAAAGACUAG